AUGCGCUGCGAAUCCGAGGCAGGUGAAACGCCUGCUGCAUUUGCAGGCGAAAGAUCUCGAUGCCUUCGAAGGAGCGCUGGCGCGUGCAGAGUUGCUGCCUGUCCUCCCCUGGCUGCCACUGACACACCAACAAGAUGUCUUGCUCAGCAGCAGCAGCAGCAGCAGCGAUAUGCGUCUUCGUACGAUGUUUUCAAGAAGAUUCAAGAUCCUCCUUCUGAGGAGGAGUCGAAGAGUCUGGCUAGGAAGCCCUCUGAUAAGGUGUUGCGGUUGGUAGACGAAGUGAUGAGUCUAACCCUCGUGGAGGCAGCAGACUUGUGCGAUCUCUGCCAGGAGAAGCUGGCUCAGAGAGGAGGUGCUCCUACUUUCAAUGCGGCGAUGACUGCUGGUCGAGCGCCUUUCCCUCAUCCUUCGAGUCUUUUCGCCGGAACGAUGAUGCAGCAACCUAUGGGCACUGUCUUCGCACGCCGUUCUCUAGCAGUCCUCCCCGACUUGCUGAGCCUUCGCUGCUGUGCUUUGCGCGUGGGCUUUCUAAAAGCUUUCCAGAGAGCAAGAGGCGCCUUACCGCGAGCGGCAAGAAUCCUACAGAGCGAAGGGCACGUCAUUAGUGCGCAGACCGUCUCUCUCUCCGUUCGACGCGUGGACUGCUGCUACUGCUGUCUCUGCGACUGCACUUUCCUGUUGGCGUACAGAUUCGCUCCUCCUGGAUUUGGUAAUGGAGCUGGCUUCUCCCCCCCUCCCGCAGCUGCGGAGGCAUUGCCAUUAUCAGCAGAAGGUGCAGCGGCAGAAAACGCUUCCAAGCCUUCGCCUGCGAAAGGUGUGUGCACGUGCGCAGUGGAAACAUUUGCAUGUACUCACAAGAAAGCCACUUGCUGCGUACGGCUCUUAGGCUUUGAUUGCAGCAAAAAGGUGGUUGUAGUAAAGGAGGUUCGGGCGAUCACCGCCCUGGGCCUAAGAGAGGCUAAGGAACUCGUAGAACAAGCGCCGAAAAUCAUCAAAAAGGCGGUGCCAUCCGAGGAGGCUGCAGCGAUGAAGGCGAAGCUGGAAGCAGCAGGGGCCCAAGUGGCACUGGAAUAG